AUGGAUAUCCGUUACUACGACCCGUACAUCCAGCAGUUGAUUCGGCUUCACGCAGGGCACUUGACUCAUCUCAAUAUAGUCGGCUGUGACCGGCUCGGCGAUGAUCUCAGGCCGCUUCUUCAAGAUAUAGCACCCGAUCUUAAACAUCUUGAAUUCCUUGGCAUGCUGAAUAUGGACUAUACCACGCAAGAGCAGCUCUUUAAACGGCUUGCGGCUCUCAAAUGUCUCCGAACCACACUCAAGUUUCUACACAUGUCUAUCGAUAGGGAACCAUCGUGGCUUCUCGGCACGGUUCCGCGCAUUGAAACACUGUUUCCGAAACUGCGUGUCAUUCUCCUUUUCGAGCAAGGCGGAUUCAUUCGACAAGAUGUGACUGAAGACUGGAUCAUAUGGAAAGAGGCCAUAUUUGAUCUUCUCCAAUAG